UCCUAUGGACGUUAGUCUUGUUUACAUUGUGACCUUUAGUUGUUGUGCAUUUCAACCAAAUCACUUUUACAAUUCUGCUCAUGUGCAAACAGAGCCCGUUUGCACAUAAAUGGAUCUCAUAAUGAGCACAGCUUUCCUGCGAAGGCCUCACAGGUUUGUUAGAAAACAACAAACUUAAGACAGAAAACUUUUAACAAGACGAUCAAGGAACAAGCCAGAAAGGAGUUGUGUACUAUUUGCCUCCUUUUGAUUCACGCGCCGCCCUCCCCCUCCGUUCGAUUUGUCCCACACUGCGAUCCGUCGGUCGUCCAGGCGAAAUCGCUUCGGUGUGGCUGCAGAUGAACGGCUGGUUGGGAGGGGGAAAAAAUGGAAAGCGACACGGCCGUCCGGAGAAUAAAACCCUCCGGGACUGGGCGCAGCGGCGCGGAGGACGGAGACGGAGCCUGCGGCCGGAACCGCGAGGACAACGGCUACGGCGGCGACCCGAAGAGGAAGCCCGAAGUGAGGCUGCUGUUACUGCGGGAAGGACUGGCGGCUGCGCUGCUCUCUGGGUUUGUUUUGCUGCUGUGGGGACUCGUUCAUCUGUCGCUGCAGCAGCUUGUCAUCGGGAAGCCGAGCGGAGAGUUUAACGCGGAGAGAGCGAGGCGACACUUGGAGCAGAUCACCGGCGUCGGCCCUCGGCCGGUCGGCAGCCAGGAGAACGAGGUCCUGACGGUGGGCUACCUGUUGGAGCAGAUAGAGGACAUCCGGGCGAGGACGGCAGCGGGGCCUCACCGGGUCACCGUGGACGUCCAGCGCCCCACCGGCUCCUUCUCCAUCGACUUUCUAGGAGGCUUCACAAGUUUCUACGACCGAGUCACCAACAUCGCAGUGAAGCUUGAGCCCAAACGUGGAGCCCAGCACCUCAUGCUCGCCAACUGUCACUUUGAUACCGUGGCCAACAGCCCAGGUGCCAGUGACGAUGCGGUGAGCUGUGCUGUGAUGCUGGAAGUCCUCCACGAUCUGGCCAACCAGUCCACUCCUCUCCACCACGGCGUUGUCUUCCUCUUCAAUGGAGCCGAGGAAAAUGUCCUGCAGGCCAGCCAUGGUUUUAUUACCCAGCAUCCCUGGGCCAAACAAGUUCGUGCUUUCAUUAACUUGGAGGCUGCAGGCGUUGGCGGCAAGGAAGUCGUUUUCCAGACAGGGCCGGAGAACCCGUGGCUCGUCCAGGCUUACGUUCACGCGGCCAAACACCCCUUCGCCUCGGUGGUCGGACAGGAGGUCUUUCAGAGCGGAGUCAUUCCCUCCGACACAGACUUCCGUAUUUAUAGGGACUUCGGAAACAUCCCAGGCAUCGAUCUUGCGUUCAUUGAAAACGGUUUUAUCUAUCACACCAAAUACGACACGGCCAACAGAAUACUGACAGACUCCAUCCAGAGAGCCGGUGACAACAUCUUGGCUGUUUUGAAGCACCUGGUAAUGUCAGAGAAGCUGGCAGACUCCUCAGAGUAUCGGCACGGGAACAUGGUGUUUUUCGACCUGCUGGGGAUGAUUGCCAUUGCGUAUCCAGCUCGCGUUGGCACCAUCAUCAACUACAUGGUCGCCGCAGCCACCUUCCUGUAUCUAGCCAAGAAGGCGUCUCUGCCCGGCAAUCGAGGUGGGCGUUAUGUUCGGGACCUGGCCUGUGCCACGGGCGUGGCGGUGCUGGGCUGGUUCGUCACUCUGCUGUCGGUGCUCAUUGUUGCUCUUCUGAUCACUCUGCUGGGACGCUCCAUGUUUUGGUACACUCACUUUUAUGCUGCCAUCUGCCUGUACGGAGCUGCAGCCACCGGGAAAAUGAUUCUCAUCCACACACUGGCCAAAAACCUUUACUACGGAGGGGUCCGUCUGGUGGAGCUGGGCGAUCUGUAUUUUGACGUGAGCUUGCUGCUCUGGUGCUGUAGCCUGGUGUGGCUCACCCAGCGGGGUUUGUGUUCAGCCUACGUUCCGAUGCUGAUGGUGGCCUUCCCCCUGGUCACCAGGCUUCUGCUGACGAAGGAAUUUAAACACAGAGGAGCAUCACUGAAGUACAGCGGUCUGUAUCUUUUGGGCCUGGCGCUUCCCUUUGUCCACUUCAUGUUCCUCAUCUGGGUGGUGUUUGAGAUUUUCACCCCCAUCAUGGGCCGCAGCGGCACAGAGAUCCCCCCUGAGGUGGUGAUGGCCUCUUUGGUCACUUUGGCAAUCGUUUUCCUCUCCUCUUACUUUCUGCAUUUUGUCUAUUUGGUGAGGAGCACUAAGUGGAUCCUGGCAGCUCUGGGCUCGGUGUUCGUUGUUACGUUCCUGUUGGUGUCAGCCGGCCUCUUCUUUCCUUACUCCGGGAAUCCAAACAGCCCCCGACCAAAGAGGAUAUUCCUGCAGCACACGACUCGGACCUUCCACAACUUGCAGGGCCAGGUGGAGAGCAGAGACUCUGGCAUCUGGAUCAACAGCUUCGACUUCACCGCAAUUCAGCACAUCACGCCUCAGAUCCCCGAGAUCAACGACAGCAUCCGGACCCGCUGCCGAGAGGACCGGCCCUUCUGCGGUUACCCCUGGUUCCUGCCUGUGAAGUUCCUCGGCAGGAAGAACUGGUACCUUCCCGCCCCGGAAGUGUCUCCUGGUUCUCCGGUGGAUUUCAGCCUUAUGUCCAAGGAGGAGACGAGCUGGGGAACUGUCAAGAUGACUUUCAGUGUCAAAGGGCCCAGCCACAUGUCUCUGUAUCUGAUGCCUCACAGAGGAGCCAGUCUGUCCACCUGGUCUCUCGGUGACGGGACGCCUCAGUUUGACCUGAAUGGAGAAUACUUUGUCUUUUAUUCCCACGGCCUCGAUGCCACGACAUGGACCUUUUGGUUUGAAAUACAGCCUCCAACAGAACCAGAUCCAGCCGGCACCGAGGGGAUGAUCUCCGUUGCCAUAUCGACGCACUAUUUCUUCGGCGAAGACCAACGGACUGCUCAGCUGGAGGAAAUCCUCCGGAAGUUUCCCACCUGGGCUUUCCCCUCCUCCUGGGUCAGUACCUACGACAUGUACCGGUACUGAGAGCAUCGCUACUGAAACAGAGGAGCGGCGGCGGCCCACUGAGACAGCUCAGAGAACGAAUCUGCUGCCUUUUCCACUAAUACCCGCGCUGCGUGCCGCCCUACCUGAGAGAGAGACCUCCAUCACUGUGUCGGCGGGCUGAGCAGCUGACUGAGCAGCAUCGGUGCCCAGGCCACCACAAGCCUCAUGCUCUCUACUGGGUUAGUGAAACAAAGGAGUCUUAAGUUUGAUUUUGCCUUUUUUUUUUGUACUCAGCUGUGCCUUUGAUUUCCACGCUCUCUCGCUCUUCUCUCCUCACGUUUCGUCCCUCUCACGCGCAAGCGGCGAUUCGCACCGCAUGUGUAAGUCGCUCUGUUCACCAGCAAACCUCCCGGGCUGCCGCCACACUAAACGUGCCUCUGGAUCGGCUGCAGAUGUCUGUACCGUCCUGGCGGGGAGACGCAAACCCGCUCUCAUGUCGGCUCCUUUUUACAAAGUGGAAAAAAAAACAACAACAAAAGGAGCUAAUCGUGCACUCCGUCAAAUAUAUGUUGCAAAUCCCGACGACUAACCGUGAGACUCCUUGUUGUUCCUUCCUGUCCUGCAGAUUUAAAGCAAACAACAUCCACAGGUUUAAAUGAGAAAUGGGAAUAUCUGCUCAGGCUGUCAACAGGCCUGCAGCAAAAUCAUAAAGAACUGACCGACGUGUCAGUGCUUCUAAAAGUUCACUAGAAAAGAUAUUCAGAUGCCAGCUUUAGCAGAGUCAGAUAGAAAUGAAGAGAAUCCCUUCUUUGUUUUUAUUUUUUUAAAUGCAUUCCUUGAGUUUUUCGGUAGCAAAGCUCUCCUGUUCUGUUCCACACCGAAGUGACGCUUACUAACGUUUCAUCUUGCUUUAACGUUACUUUUCUUAAACCUGAUUGGCCUUCAUGGGGUCUGCGGCAGGCCCAGCGACUUUCUGAUCCUUAACUGGAUUUGUUUUGUUCCACUUGAUUGUUCUGUUGUCUCUUUCUGACUCCAAAUGAAUCUAAGCAAUGAGAAAGUUAUGUAUAUUAGUUAUAACCUAAUUAAGUUCUUUAAUAGAAUGGUGAAAGUUUAGUGAGCUUUCUACAAGUUUGCACAUUUAAUUAGGAAACACUACAGCAAAAACAUUCUUUGUUUUAAUGUCAUUACCUUUGCUCCUCACAUUAGUGGAUGGCUAUUUUACUACAAUUUGUUCACUAAUAUAAUAUUUUGUGGAUUGUAGCUUUGAAUAAGUAGCUCCAGUUAUUCAAGGUAAAAAAAAAGAAAGAAAGAAAGAGAAGCAAAUUUGUAGAUUCCUGAAAUUAAGAAAAUAAAUUAUACUCCUUUUUAAUUUGAUCUUUCUAAAAAUGGCUAUAUAUUUUAUGGAACAAAUAUAAUUCAGCGUAAUUGUUAGAUCGGAUCUGAUGCAUUUCGUUAAAAUCCAUAAAUAUUGCAUCACUCGUCAUGUGAUAUUUGACAUUUCUUUGUCAUACAGAUUCAUUCUUUUUGCCGAGGAAGAUUUACAGGCUGUUUGUUGGCUUGUUUCAGCUCCUCGUCCGAAACGACCGAAAACAUUCAUAUGCGAAUCUUAAAUCCUGUUGUUAAUUUUAAAAUGACCUGCUGUGACCAGGCCAUAAUUAAACUUUGAGGACAUAAGGUGUGCGUGAAUGUAAAACAAAAAUCCACCGGUGCCGCUGAAGGAAGCCUGUACGAUGUUUGGUGUUUUGGUUUCAUCUAAAUGUGGAGGAUCAUCUGUCUGAACAACAACUCGGCUAUGAACAGCCGCUCUAACCUUGAGACACAGCAAUCAACACCAUUAGUUAUUGAACCUGUUCCACUUUGAAUGUUAAUAGUUAGCAGGUUGAUGUUGUAGUUCUAAACUAAAUGAUCUGAUUCUCUUCAAGUCCUGCAUUCACAGAGAUCAUGCACUGAUGUGUUACCUCCACCUUUCAAGCUGAAGCUUUGGGGAAAUGUGAUUUAUUUUUGUUUAUUUAGCUGCUUUCAUGCAGAAUAGAUGGCAGGACAGAACGGGGCCUUAAGUUUUCUGCUUUCGAAGGACGCACCGAAAGUUUUCGAGAUUCUAGUUGGUUUGCAAAUGUUGGAGAUUAAAAUCUCCCCCCUUGGUUCAUGUUGAGGUUUUUAUACUUCUGCCUGGAACGCAUGACAUUCUGCAGCAGAUUUAGUUAGGCCCGAGCAGCUAAGCGCUGCGAAGG